AUGUGGAGGCUGAAGAUAGCAGAUGGUGGAAAUGACCCAAACAUAUUCAGCACAAAUAACUUUGUAGGGAGACAAACAUGGGAGUUUGAUCCUAAUGCUGGUACUUCUGAAGAGAGAGCUCAAGUUGAAGCUGCUCGUCAACAUUUCUAUGAUAAUCGCUUCAAGGUUAAGGCCUGCAGUGAUCUUCUUUUGCGUUUUCAGAUUCUGAGAGAAAAUCACUUUAAACAAACGAUAGCAAGUGUAAAAAUCAAAGAUGGAGAGGAAAUAUCAGAAGAAAAAGUCACAAUUACGUUAAAAAGAGCCAUUCAUCAUCUCUCUGCACUUCAAUCAAGCGAUGGUCAUUGGCCUGCUCUAAAUGCCGGUCCUUUAUUUUAUUUUCCUCCAUUGGUCUUUUGUAUGUAUGUCAUAGGACAUCUCGAUUCGAUGUUUUCCGAAGAAUAUCAAAAAGAGAUUCUUCAUUACAUAUAUUGUCAUCAGAAUGAAGAUGGAGGGUGGGGAUUACAUGUUGAGGGUCAUAGUGUCAUGUUUUGCACUGUAAUGAAUUACAUAUCUCUACGAAUACUUGGAGAAGGUCCAAAUGGAGGUAAAGAAAAUGCUUGUUCUAGAGCAAGAAAAUGGAUUCAUGAUCAUGGCGGUGUGACUCAUGUAUCUUCAUGGGGAAAAUUUUGGCUUUCGAUACUUGGUAUCUUUGAUUGGUGUGCAAGCUAUCCAAUGCCGCCAGAGUUUUGGAUGCUCCCCUCAUUUCUUCUUAAGCAUUCAGCUAGAAUGUUGUGUUAUUGUCGAUUGGUAUACAUGCCUAUGUCUUACUUGUAUGGAAAGAGAUUUGUGGGUCCAAUCACACCACUCAUAUUAAAGUUGAGAAAAGAACUUCUGCCUCAACCUUAUGAAAAAGUUAAUUGGCCAAAAAUACGUCACCUAUGUGCAAAGGAAGAUCUUUAUUAUCCCCAUCCUUUGAUACAAGAUCUAAUGUGGGAUAGUUUCUACAUUUUCAUGGAGCCACUUUUGACUCAUUGGCCGUUUAACAAGUUGGUUAGAGAAAAAGCCCUCCAAACAGUAAUGAAACAUAUUCAUUAUGAAGAUGAAAAUAGUCGAUACAUAACUAUUGGGUGUGUGGAAAAGGUUUUGUGCAUACUAGCUUGUUGGGUGGAGGAUCCAAAUGGAGAUGCAUUCAAGAAACAUCUUGCUAGGCUUCCAGAUUAUUUAUGGGUUUCAGAAGAUGGAAUGACCCUACAUAGUUUUGGGAGCCAAACAUGGGAUACUAGUUUGAUCAUUCAAGCUUUGCUUGCCACGGACCUAAUUGAAGAUAUUGGUCUAACACUUGCAAAAGGACAUGAAUUCAUUAAGAAGUCUCAGGUUAGGGACAACCCUUCAGGAGAUUUUAAGAGCAUGUAUCGACAUAUCUCUAAAGGAUCAUGGACCUUCUCUGAUCAAGAUCAUGGAUGGCAAGUUUCUGAUUGCACCGCAGAAGGUUUAAAGUGUUGUCUACUUUUGUCAAUGUUGCCUUCGGAGAUUGUAGGAGAAAAGGUGAAACCUGAAAUGUUAUAUGACUCAGUCAAUAUCUUAUUAUCACUUCAGAGUAAAAAGGGUGGUUUACCAGCUUGGGAGCCAUUAGAAGCUGUAGAAUGGUUGGAACUAUUCAAUCCAAUAGAAUUUCUGGAAGAUGCUGUAGUUGAGCGUGAAUAUGUUGAAUGUACUGCAUCAUCAAUUCAAGCUUUAGUUUUGUUUAAAAAAUUAUAUCCUGAACACAGAAAAGAAGAGGUAGAGAAUUUCAUUGCAAAUGCAGUUCGAUUCCUUGAAGAUAAACAAACAAGUGAUGGUUCGUGGUAUGGAAAUUGGGGAAUUUGCUUCACUUAUGGUUCUUGGUUUGCACUUAGUGGUCUAGCAGCUGCUGGCAAGACUUAUGACAAUUGUUUCGCCAUUCGCAAAGCUGUUAAGUUUUUGCUUUCAACACAGAGAGAGGAUGGUGGGUGGGGGGAGAGCCAUCUUUCCUGUUCAACAAAGAUAUAUGUACCUCUUGAGAGAAGUCAAUCAAAUCUUGUUCAGACAUCAUGGGCUAUUAUGGGUUUAAUUCAUGCAGGCCAGGUGGAGAGAGACCCCACUCCUCUUCAUCAUGCUGUAAAGUUGAUCAUCAAUUUCCAACAAGAAGAGGGUGAUUGGCCUCAACAGGAACUUACGGGAGUAUUCAUGAAAAAUUGCAUGAUGCAUUAUGCAAUGUAUAGAGAUAUUUUUCCAACAUGGGCCUUAGCUGAAUAUCGUAGACGAAUUCUGUUGACUUCCCCUGCCGCUAGAAAUGAAGCACUGAGCUGA